AUGGGAGUAUGUUGGGCGAUCUUCAAACUGUUACGCAUUGGACGCCGUGAAGAUACGCUCCCUCCGGGUCCACCGACUGUCCCAAUCCUUGGAAACGCCCACCUUCUUCCAACGAAGUAUCCAUUUGUUAAACUGGCGGAGUGGGGUAAAGACUACGAUGGAAUUUUCUCGCUCAAAGUCGCAAAUGGGACCGCUGAGUUCGCCUCCCGCCCAGCGUUUUCAGGUAUGGAUGCAGUAACUGGUGGCCGAUAUUUUUUAACCGCGUCUCCUGGUACGUAUAUUGAGUUGCAUGGAUCUCAAAAGAUACUUAAGCCCAGUGGAUAG